GAAAGCAAUUUAUAAGACAAGAAAACUUAUAUGACAUAUCGAAAAUAGGAGGCAAGCGAAAUACACAUUUUGUUAACUCAUGCAAAUAGUAGUGUUCUGACAUAUUAAAAUAUUUAAAGCGCUGUCAAAAAAUGUAUCGAUAAUAUUUCAGUCACUUUGUUAUCGUUAAAAGUCAUCUGUCGGUUUUUGAUUUCGCAUGUGCGGUGUGAAAUUUCUUAAGUUAUUCUAGUAAAACUUUGUUUUAAUUAAACAUUAAUUACAAUGGCAGCGCAAUUUUUUAAUCGAAUUGGUCAGCUUGGUCUAGGUGUAGCAGUAUUGGGUGGCGUUGUAAAUUCAGCAUUAUAUAAUGUUGAUGGUGGCCAUCGUGCAGUAAUUUUCGAUCGUUUUACUGGUGUUAAACAAAAUGUAGUUGGCGAAGGUACACAUUUCUUCAUACCAUGGGUACAACGUCCCGUUAUUUAUGAUAUUCGAUCACAGCCACGUAAUGUACCCGUUAUUACCGGCAGCAAGGAUUUGCAAAAUGUAAACAUUACAUUACGUAUUCUCUAUCGUCCCAUUCCUGAUCAAUUGCCAAAGAUAUAUACGAUACUUGGACAGGAUUAUGAUGAGAGAGUUUUGCCUUCAAUUGCGCCUGAAGUUCUUAAAGCUGUUGUUGCACAAUUCGAUGCUGGUGAAUUAAUUACACAACGUGAGAUGGUGUCUCAACGCGUUUCAGAUGAUUUGACAGAGCGUGCAAAGCAGUUUGGUUUCAUUUUGGAUGAUAUCUCCAUUACACAUUUAACAUUCGGUCGCGAAUUUACACAAGCUGUAGAAAUGAAGCAAGUAGCACAGCAAGAAGCUGAAAAAGCACGCUUCGUCGUCGAGAAGGCUGAACAACAGAAAUUGGCUUCCAUUAUAUCCGCAGAGGGUGAUGCAGCAGCUGCAGAUUUGUUAGCUAAGGCAUUUGGAGCUGCUGGUGAUGGUCUCGUUGAGUUGCGUCGUAUUGAAGCGGCUGAAGAUAUAGCUUAUCAAUUAUCAAGAUCGCGUGGCGUUGCUUAUUUACCUAGUGGUCAAAGCACACUACUCAACUUGCCAUCAAGUAUGGUACAGUAAAGAGCUGAGAUAAUAAGCUACUGACCUUUAGCAUUUAAUUACGAUUUUUAUUAAAUAUUCAGUUUCCAGAAUAAAGGGUUCCCUUUAA